AUGUCGUCACCUGAGAAGAAGAAGAACAAAAAGAAGGAGCUGUUGCCGACGCCAACCAAAAAUCCAUCACUUCCCGAUGAUUUGCUAGUGAGCUGCCUUGCACGCGUCUCCAGAUUGUACUAUCCGACUCUAUCUCUCGUCUCCAAACGCUUUCAAUCUCUCCUUGCUUCACCAGAGCUUUACAAUGCCAGGUCACUCUUGGGACACACCGAGAAUUUUCUCUAUGUAUGCUUAGGGAUCUAUCCUUGUUUUCUCUGGUACACCCUCCGCAGGAAACCUGAUCAAACCCUAACCAGUGACACCAGUCAAGUGGAGAAGUCAAGUGGGUAUAUUUUGACUCCCGUCCCAGUUCCCCAUUCUACUCGUGUGAAAUUUUCGGGUCUCGUGGCAGUUGGUUCUAAUAUCUACAACAUUGAAGAGCACUCCUCUAGCGUCUCGAUUUUAGAUUGCAUGUCUCACACGUGGCGAGAGGCUCCAAGCUUGCGGGUGAAGCUAUCGUCACUUUCUGCUAGCGUAGUUGAUCAAAAGAUUUAUGUAGCAGGAAUGAGAGAAAAAGAUGAAGGUUCCUUCAAAAACUCUUUCGAGGUGUUGGACAAAAAAACACACAUUAGGGAUCCUGAGCCCAUCCCUUGCAGCGAGACAAAAUGCAGAUUCUUCUGCCCUAAAACCGCAUCUAUUGAUGGAAAGUUCCACGUUAUAAAUGGCAGAGAGGUGGACCAGGUGGUUGCUUACAAUGCUAAGAAAAGUACAUGGGACGUGGUUGAAGGGGUGAUGAAUCGUUAUAUGCAUCCAUAUUCUACUUAUUGCGUGAUAGAGGAUAUUUUGUAUUCUGCUUGCUACGGAGUGUUCAGAUGGUAUGACACUAAGCUUAGAAUGUGGAGAUGUUUGAAGGGUUUGGUAGGACUACCCAAGUUCUCUCUCGAUGCUCAUGUUAGAUUGGCUGAUUAUGGUGGAAAGAUGACGGUUUUUUGGAAAGAUGAUUUGCCCAGGCCUCGUAGCGUCUAUGAGAAGAAGAUUUGCUGUGCAGUGAUUGCGCUUGAAAGGCGCAACGUUUGUGAAAUUUGGGGGAAAGUUGAGUGGUGUGAUCAUGUGUAUACAGUUCCUGAAUUAUAUGAUCUCGUGAAGGUUCUUGCUGUUACUAUUUGA